AAGUGGCCGGUGGGCAUUGCUCCAACAGCUAUGCAGAAGAUGGCGCAUCCCGAUGGGGAAAUUGGUAAUGCACGCGCCGCUGGCAAAGCUGGUUCUAUAUUUAUACUGAGCACACUUUCCACCACAUCGUUGGAGGAUUUAUCGGCAGGAGCGCCUGAUACUUGCAAAUGGUUCCAGCUAUAUAUCUACAAAGAUCGAUCACUUACUGAGAAAUUGGUGCGCCGGGCUGAAAAGGCAAAUUUCAAGGCACUUGUUCUAACUGUUGAUGCGCCAAUCUUUGGCCACCGGCGCAGCGAUGUCCGCAACAAGUUCAGUUUGCCGUCGCACUUAAAACUGGCGAACUUCCAAGGAGAUUUGGCGAAUGGUGUAAUAACCAUGGGUGGAUCUGGCAUAAACGAGUAUGUGGCCAGCCAAUUUGAUGCCAGUAUUACCUGGAAGGACAUUGCUUGGCUUAAGCAGCUGACAAAGCUGCCCAUCAUUGCAAAGGGCGUGUUGACCGCCGAGGAUGCCGUCUUAGCCCGGGAAUUCGGAUGCGCCGGCGUAAUUGUCUCCAAUCAUGGCGCCAGGCAAAUCGACACCGUCCCAGCUUCAAUAGAAGCAUUGCCCGAGGUGGCGAAAGCUGUGGGCAACGAUCUGGUUGUAAUGUUAGAUGGCGGCAUUAUGCAGGGAAAUGAUAUCUUCAAGGCAUUGGCGUUGGGUGCCAAGACCGUUUUCAUAGGGCGUCCGGCUGUCUAUGGUCUGGCCUAUAAUGGACAAAGUGGCGUCGAGCAGUUACUGAGUGUACUGCGAAAAGAUUUGGAAAUUACUAUGUCGCUGACCGGUUGCCAAACUUUGAGUGACAUUCAGCCGGGAAUGGUGGUGCACGAGUCUUUCUAUUCGAAAUUGUAAUAUUAAUUAAAAGUGAGCACAUUGCCAAAGAUU